CAGCCACCUGCGCCCCGGGUCAGGUGGACUUUGCCCUGGAGCAUGGGGGACCUACGGGGGCCAGAGAGGUGAGCCAGGGCCAGCCUGGCAUCCCCCACUCCUGCCAUGGGCCCAGCCCCUUGUGCGGAGGGGAAGGGGACAGCCAGCCUUCCAAGUGAGUGUCCCAAGGUGGCUCAGAGCCCAGGGCCUCAGAAGCAAGAGGCAAGCAGCCUCCACCGUGGGCCUCCUUCCUGGCUCAGUCAGACCUUCUGGGGCGCCAUGGGGGAGGGGGUGGAAGGCCGCUGGACCUGGCGUCCAGUUAGGAGGCCCCCCAGAGGGGAAGCUGCCAGGCGGGUGGCCACAGGGCUGGAUCCCGAGUUUCCCAGAGAGUCCUGAAACCCUGGUGGGGCUGCAGGGCGGAUUCCAGCCCCUACGGGGUCCCCUCUUGUCCCUCUCCUGCUUAGACAGAGUCUCGAGGGCAGGGCCGCGUCUGAGCCCGGAGCGGGCGCCCAGGCCCUCAGGCUCUGCAGAGCCCUCGCCUCAGGUGGCCCUCCUCAGGCUACUUCAGGGACAGCCUCAGGAGUGACGUGGCUCUGCCGCCAUCUGCUCCUCCUGUCGCGGCCGCUCCGUGAGCACAGUUAUGGGCACCUGCUGUAGGUCAGGUACAUCCAGGUGCCAGGGCUGGGCAGGGGACACAGCAGUCCUCCUGCCACCUCCCACGGGCUUACCACAGGACACUGUGUGUCAGGGGGUGGAUCGUGCUGGGGACGGAGUGGAGGGCUAGGCGCUUCUCAACGCGGGGCCCUGUCCCCAAGCCCAGGUCUGGAAGCUCAUCGUGCAGGAAAGCCAGCAUCUGAGGGGCCAGCGCGGGGGAGAAGGGGGAGAGGUGGGACUGGGCUUGCGGCCACCUUCUCAGCCCCGGGGCCUCGGGUGGAGGCUCAGAAUAAGGAGGAGAGGGAUGAGCCUUGCUGGGGGCGGCGGCCACAUCGGGUUGAAGCAGGCGGAGGUUCGCGGACCCGGGCCCCUCCCACCCUCACGGUCUUUCCCGGCUCCUCUCUUGGCCAUUGCCAGGAGCUGGAGGGGUCUUUAGCGGUGGACAGGAUUGUCACGAGGCCAAGGUCCGUUCGCGGUCGGCCUUGAGGCCCCCCCGGGCAUCUUCAGCCUGAGCAGGAGGGCGGGGCGGGGCAGGUCCAGCUCAGCAAGCCAACCCUGUCGUGUGGGCCUCCAGUGGUCCCCAGGUCACCAUGCAGCGCUGAGCAGACUGGCCCAGCCACCAAGGCAGCACCAGAGAAGACAGGGGGCAGAGACCUGCACCCACUGGCUGUCCGUAGGCCCCAGUUGAAGAGUCAGUGUUUUUAGAACAAGUGACAGGUCCCCUUCAGGUCCCCAAGGAUAACUGAGGCCACCAUUAUCACCCCCCCCACCACCAUAUGCUACCACAGUAAAGCUGCCGGGAAACUGAUAAUGUACGGCCCAGCGGCGUGGUCUCCCAAAUCAGUGAUUUUUAAGUCCACUAAGAGCAAGUGAAGCUUGAGGGUUUAUUUGGGGUUGUGAACAGUCUCUGCAGGGAGCAGAGCCCUGGAGGAGGUGAAGAGGCUAGUCCAGCAGAUGUCCAGGGACAGGAAGUUGCAGUGGGGGGAACAGCGAGUGCAAAGGCCCUGAGGCUGCAGUGCUUGAUGUGUUCACCAUGGGCCAAGGCAGCAUUGGCCAAGGAGGACCGGCCAAGGUCUGGGGGGGCCAUAAGGGCCACUGGGAGGUAGGGCCUUGCCGGUAAAAGGGGAGUUCAGCUUUUAAUCCAGUUGAGAUGGGAAAUUACCGGAAGGUUUGGGUUAGAGCAGGGACAAGGUUCAACUUUGGUUUUACCAGGAUCACUGCCUGCCGAGGUGAGAGAUCAAAGGACAGUGGUGGAGGAGUCCAGCGUGGUCCCGGUGGACUGUCCUGUCCAGUGUGACCUUCUCCCUCAGAGUGGGGGUGGCCACUGCUUGCACCAUCAGAAUGUGGCAAGGGAGGCAGGUGGCACUUUGGCGCUAUGGCAUACACGACUGUUCUGUGGGGAGUCUCUUUUCCUUGCUGGUUUGAUGAAGGAAGGAGCGUGCGGGGCCACAUAGCUAGGAACUGAGGUCGGCCUCUGGGUGACCAGCAGGACGCUUGGGUCUUCAAUCCAAAGGCCUCCAGGAACCGCGUCGGCCAACAAACAGGGCCGCAGUGUCAUCUGAGCCCCGUUCCCCGCAAGGCCGAGGCAGGGGGAUCACGGGUCUGAGACCCGCCUGGGCAGCUCAGCAAGACUCUGUCUCAAAACCCACAACAAAGGGCUGGGGGCAGCUCCGUGGUGAGCAGCGUGCAGGAGCCCUGGCUCCGUCCCCUGCUGGGAGGAAACCCUAGUCCCUCUGCUGAGCUUCUAGGGCCCUUCAAGUUCCAGCCCUAAGGGCCCCCUGCGAGCCCUGAGCCCGUUCCCUCGGCAGGGAGUCACGCGCCCUACUGAUUGCUUCGUGCUCCCAGGAAGGUCCUCUGCCCUUGGUGGCCUCUGUCUAGCACCCAGCCUGGCAUUGGAUGCUCGAGUGAACGGUACGCAGAGACCCCUCCCGUGCCCUCAGGCCUGGCCCCUCAUCCCUAGGGGGGGGCCAGCCAGUGCUCUGAGGUCACAGAGCCCUACGGGGUUGCCAUGGCAACUCCAGUGAAUAAUUGGGAGGGCUCCCUUCAGCAUCCACCCUUUGGUCUGCCCCCUAGCUGUGCACUUUGGGUCAGUCCUCUCAGGCUUCGGUGGCCCCGGGGCGGUUUGCGUGCUUUCCGACGUUAUGAGAGACACUGGAGAGAACUGCUUGUGAGUGACAAGUGCCCAGCUGCAGCCAGACCUACCCUCCCUCCUCCUUGGCCAAGAUCUCUUGGGACAUUCACUCCAGAGCUAGACGCACAUUUCUCCUGCGGAGCUACAGCCCUCCCCCAUCUCUCUCUGAGCCUGGGUAGGACUGACCUUGGGUUACCUGUCCCAGAGCAAGAGUCCAUGGAGCUAGGCCCCCGAACAGGAGCAACCACUUUGGCCCACCUGAACAACAAGGAGGCCCAGCAGGACGCAGUCCCCUGGGGCGCUGCCUGCAACUCCCUGGACCCCUCCAAGUUCAAGUACCAGGUCCCCCUCUCCCCGGGGAGCACCCAAGGCAGCUCCCUGGAGUGCGGCCACCCGGAGAUCCCUCCUCCGCCUCCGAGCACGGCCAGCCGGGACCCUCUGUGUAUGGACCCACCGCCGAGGGCCCUGAGAGGGGGCACAGAGGGGGCUCAGCCAAAUGAAGGCCCCAAAUCCAGGACCCAGGAGCACAGGGGGGCGCCCGUGAGCCGGAAGAGCAGUGCCAUUCCUGAGAACAUCCGCCACAAGUUCGGGAGCAAAGUGGUGGACCAGCUGGUUUCUGAGGAGCAGGCUCAAGGGGUCAUCGGUGAAGUCUUGGAGGGCCAGAGGAGGGCAAGCUCGUGGCCCAGCAGGACCAAGAGCUCUUCGGAAAUCUCCUCCAUCUUUUCAGACUACUAUGACCUGGGCUACAACAUGCGCUCAAACUUAUUUCAAGGGCCCCCCCAGGAGACCAAGAGUCUCAUGAAGGCCUCCUACACGCCAGAGGUGAUUGAGAAAUCGGUGCGGGACAUAGGCCACUGGCACGGCAGGAGGACGGAUGACCUGGGACGGUGGCACCAGAAAAAUGCUAUGAACAUGAACUUGCAGAAAGCGCUGGAAGAGAAAUACGGAGAAAAGAGCAAAGCCAAGAACUUGAAGUUCUAGAGAGGCAGGAGGGCGGGUCCUGCUGGUGCUAAUAAAGGAAGGCACAGA